CUCAUUUGAACCAAUAUUACAAGAGUUUACAGUUGGGUGUAUUUACAUUUACCUACUUGUCUAAAUAGCCUUAAAUAUCAUAAGAAGAGAGAAACACAUAUCAAUGCCACUGCAUAAGUUUAUUUAAAGGUGGGUGCAGAAGAGGCACCACAACAGCAGCCUUGCCUACCUUCCCAUGGAGAUCCCAUCACUGACACCUUAUGGUCACCUGAGUAUGCCGGUCUUUGGAAUUUUUGAGGCUGCUCAUACACAAUUUGCUGUUGUUUACAAGUCUGAAUUGUAUCACAUCAAGAACAAGUCGUAACGGAGGCCCUCGAACUCUACACUAUGGUCUGCUCGUGCUCAUCCAGCCCUGCUCUUAACAAAUCUCUCCGGUGAAGAAAAACAAUUCGGCCUGAUUUUAGGCCCUGACUCACCACCUCCGUGGACGAGCCUUCUGGAGGACUUUCAAAUUUUUGGGGCAUUGGAUUUUCACCGAUGUUUGCGUUACUCAAACCGACAUUUUCGCUUCCGUUUCGUCCACUACCACUCGGGCGGCAGGUGCUUCCCUCUAAAGCGGAAUGCUCUCCUAUUGAGUCUACAGAAGCGGAUACUAAAAACGGAGGCGGAGAGGGUUGAGUUGAAAUUGAAGUCUGUAACCCUAACCUCACUUGUCUCCACUCUCCGCCACUAAGAUGGGCAACAAGAGUAAGAAGAAGAGGGGAAAACGUGAGAAGAACAAGGCUAAGUUGCCCCUUGCUGCGGGUGAGAAAAUGCUGCAGGUUGAGAAGAACACGGAGGGCUUGAAUCUGCUACUUGUAGAAGCCAAACCAACUGAAAAUGAGAGUAAUGGAAAAGUGGUGGUCAAGCAAGAAGAAGGGGUUUCUUCCAAGGGUUAUGCAAACACCCGACCUUUCUUUUCUCACAUGGCUAAAUUGAGCAAACCUGUAAUUUGCUUCGAUCCUUAUAUUGUAUAUGAAUUUAAGCCGGAGCUGUGUCCCCGUUUUCCAGAAAAGAGGGAGACUCUAUCUCUGGAUGCUGGAUUUUCGCAAACUCCGGUUUUACAGAAGAUUCUGCGUUAUUAUGAUUUCAAAGCAUCUCCAUAUUAUAUUGCUCGGGAAAAAACGUCAUUUUCUCUUGGCCGAGAUCUUUCCACCAUUAGUGUGAACAAUUUGGAGGUUGUAUCUUCCAGGAUUGCGCCGUCGGUUGUGGCGGUUUCCACUUUCUUUGGCUUGGAGAGGAAAUUUGAUUGCACAGGUCUCAUUAUACAUUGGAGUUCAAGUGAGAAAGAGGCAACUAUACUCACUUCUGCAAAACUCCUUUAUAAUCCAAAGGAUUCUGAAUUUGAAUUUCAUCUAAUUGUAAGGAUGGCUGAUGGGACUUUGCUGCUUGCUAAAGAAGAAUACGUUGAUUAUUCUUAUAAUCUUCUUAGCAUCAAAGUUAAGCCCAUGGUGGAACCUAAAGUAGUAGAUUUAAUAUCCGGGCAAGACCUUGUUGAUGGGAUGAAAGUAAUUUCCUUGAGCCGUUCUUUCUUUACCACUGCCUUCUAUUCCUCUGUUGGAAAGUUGUGCGAGUAUCCUCCAUCUUUUGGAUGCUCUGAGCUUUUGACGACUGAUUGUGGCAUCCCCGAGAUUGGUGAAGGUGGACCACUUGUCACUGAUGAGGGCUAUGUGGUUGGGAUUGACUUUUUUGGUCUUGAUCACUGUGCUCAUCCACUUCCUAUUUCCACUGUCCUAUCUUGCUUGGAGAUGUGGAAAUCUUUUAGUUCUGUUGUGCGGCCUUGGUUUGGGAUUGGAGUGUACGAUGUGAAUCAAGCAUGCAAACUUUUAUCAAUUCCAGCAAAGAAAGUAACUGAGUUAAAUCGAGAUUCAUAUGUUUUAGUGGAAAAGGUAUAUGAAGGCUCGGUUGCUAGUAAAAAUAAUAUAAAGUCAGGCGCUUCAGUUGCUACUUUGAACGGAACUCGAAUAGAGUCUGUCAAGGAGUAUUCCCAAUUAUUGUCCAAGGCAUCACGAGUAGCAACUGCCUGUGAUUGUGAUGUGUGUCGUCAACUUACAGCUGUCAUAAAUCCAUCUGAUUGUCCUGCUGAUGAUAUAAACAUCGAGGCUGACUUCAUUUCGGUUGAUGACAAGAAGUUCUCUAACUGUUGGCCACAGGUUGAGGUUGAUGAGUGGUUCAUCCACAAAACAGGACCGAGAAAUCCCGGGUUCCAUUGGCCUCCUUUGCCGGGGGAAGAUGACAUCGAAUGCGCCACGGAUUUUGUGGUUUAAGUUUGAGUUGAAUAUUGUGAUGCUCUUAGCUUGGAAACUAUGGGCCUAUGGCUGCCUUAGUUUAGCAAUUAUUCUGUCUGUCAUAGCUACCUCUGGCCUGAAAAACUGAAUGCCAUUUUUGAAGCCCUUCCCUGAUGUGCAUCCUAAUUUUGCAAGACCUUGAACUACAACAUCAGUGUUGUACAGACCACAAAAGACACCAUAUGCUGGAUUUGAUGAUCCAAAUCCUUUAGUAAUUUGUUACAACAAACAGGUCAAGUGUAGGGUUAUGUUGAGCUGAUUCUGUUCUCAGUGUCAUUUUUGUAUUUAGGCAGCUCCCUGUAGUUUUUAACUAUACAAUAUUUGUGGUGGUCAUGCACUUCAGGCCUGAUUUUCUUUUUUGGCUAAUUAAAUAUGCCUGAUAAAACUUAAACACUUAACUUUCA